UGGGGGGUAGUAGUAAAAUAUCUCGUGUAUUUAUUUUUUCGUCAAACGCGCGAUUUUUAAACAAAUAUUAAGCGGCACGGCGCGGUCUUGACUCGCCGUUGCCAGGCAAAGAACGGAGGCCUCACGCGCAUGCGCCGCGCCGCCGCCGGCCGCCAGUUAUUCUCUUGUUUUGGCGCCGAAUACAUGCGUAAACCGUUACCGUUUUUCAUUAAAACAAUGUUUAAAGUAGGUGAUCUGUAUAAAGACCUUUUCGCCGAGUAUAAGAAAGGAAAAAAACCUAGUAUUGCUCAGAAAGAAUUUAAUGAGAUGUGGGCUAAUGCAAAACAAAAAUAUUCUACAAAACAAGAAUUUGUGAAGUGGGCGAAUGAUCUUCUAGCAGAUUACCGCCGAAAGCACCAAGCAAAGAAGUCUUCCAAUAUUCUCUAUUAUUGCUCUAAUUCUAAAAAGGUAAGCUAUUAAACUAGUAUUUGUCUGUUUAAGGGCGUUGUCCUAAUAAAUACGACUUCAUCUAUAGUUUACUAGCUGUUGCCCCGCGGCUUCACCCGCGACUUUUUUCAUAGUAACUUUCAUUUUUGAAAAAAAAAGUAGCCUAUGUUUGACCCCGGGUAUCAAACUAUUUCCAUACCAAAUUUCAUAAAAAUCGGUCCAGCGGUUUAGCCGUGAAGAACGGAUAGACAGACAGACUUUCACAUUCAUAAUAUUAGUAUGGAUUUGUAAUAUAAAUGUUAUUGUUAAGUCUUCCAACAUUUUUGAUAGGUAAUUUAAGGAAAAAAUAUAGAUAAAAUAUGUAUAGCGUACUUUAAGUAUUACUUAAAUCCAAAAGAUUUUUUUUUAUUUUUACAUUAUAAAAAAGUUAUUCAAAAAAUUUCUAGAUUUUUAAUAGUUUUAGCUAGUCAUUGGCGCACAGGAAUGUCAUUCCAUAAAAAAUGCUGAAUAAACAUCACGUGGCCCAUAUGCCUACAUAUCACCGAUCGCUGAACUCUAAAGAAGUAGGUGUAUUGAGCUGAGAACCAUGUCUAUGAGGCAUGGGUUUAUCUAACGUAAAAAAAACAAAAUAAACCGUAAGUCGCGGUGGUGGUUAUAAGGUGAAGGUUAUGUUACUAUUGUUACACAUUUUGCGCCUGUUUAUAUACUAAUAUCUUGUCGCUUUGUGAAAACUUACAACUAUUUAUGGAUCAUACCUACAUAUAAUUAUAUACACAUUAUUCUAGUGAAAAUGCGAGGAUUGUGCAUGGUUUGUGUGCCGUUUCGAACUCUUAUUUUAAUAAAAGAAAAAAUAACAUUACUGGACAUGGUUAAUUUGUUUGCACGAUAUUAUCUUUACUUUCACGAUAUUAAUUAAAUUAUUAAUUUUCAGAAUGCCAGCGAAAAUAAUUCUGUUUUGCCAAUGACAUCCAAUGAGCCAAAUCUACCUGUAAAACUUCCUACGCCUGCGAUAUGCGUCUUACCGAUCGGUACCGAAAUUACUGACGAAGGUAAUGUCACUACUAAAAGCACCUCAACAGGUGCUCGGAAACGUAAAGGUGAAGAUUUGGAUUGUAGCAACGAGAAUUCACCCGAUACACCAAGUACAAGCAGCUCUAUACUGCAGCCUGUACGUGCUACUCCUGCACAGGAUAAGUUGAAGAAUCAGAUUUCUCUUCUUCAAAUGGAAUUGGACUUAGCUGUUCGUCGUAGGGAUUUUCUGGGCGAAAAUGAGACACGUGAUGUGACGAAACUGCGCCGAGAAAUUGAUAAAUGCACAAAAGAACUACGGAAGAAGGAACAACAUAUGCGUCACUCCCAGUCACAUAGAUUAUCAAUAAAAUCAAAGAUUAAACUUGCUUGCAAUCAGAGUCCGAUUGUAGCUGAUCUUCUUAAGGCGCGUUCUGCCCCAGGUCGCCCACGCCUAGAAGAGCAACAACCGCAAUUGCUAAAAACUAUAGUCGAUUUGGCUAUGUUUGGUGCUUCUGCGGAGGAACGGCGUCGCUCAGAAAUUGUUCGCAGUUGCCGAACACUUACUGACCUCCAUGAAAAGCUAAAGGAGCACGGAUUUCAAAUUUCGAAGAGUGGCACGUAUCUUCGAUUGCUCCCUAGAAAUUAUACCACCUUGGAGGGUAAAAGGCAUGUAGUCACUGUGCCUGUCAAAUUGAGUCGCCCUGAGGCAGAUCACCACAAGGCUCAUGUCGAUCAACAUUUUUGUGUCGCCACAAUAAGAUCCUUGGAAACGCUGGCAUCUAUUCUCGGGCCAAAACAAGUGUUUUUUUUGUCUCAAGACGAUAAAGCCCGGGUACCUAUAGGUUUGACAGCGGCAAAUAAACAAGCUCCUCUCCUGAUGCAUGUCGAAUAUCGUGUCUCAUUGCCUGAUCAUGAUUGGGUGAUUGCUACAAGGCACAAAUUGAUCCCUAGUGUAUAUGCUGGGUGCAUCAUAAAAGGAAAUGACAUGGGCCGUGCUGAAGCAAUUACUUAUUCAGGGCCAACAUACGUGGCGAUUAGAAGUGGCAAACAUUCCUCUUCGACAGCUUCCACUCAUGCUGUGGACUUCAAUAAGCUUGCUACACUCAACAAUUUCAAGGAAAUUAUGCGGGAUGAAGAAGGACGCCUGAAACCAGUUGUUCUGAUUUCAUCUGAUGGAGGACCCGAUGAAAACCCGAGAUAUCCAAAGGUUAUUUCCCAUGCCAUACACCACUUUGUCAAGCAUGAUUUAGAUGCAAUAUUCAUUUUUACGAAUGCACCCGGCAGAAGCGCAUUCAACCGUGUUGAGAGAAGAAUGGCGCCUUUAAGCCGGGAAUUAUCUGGACUCAUACUUCCGCAUGAUUCUUAUGGAACUCAUUUGGAUGAACAAGGGAGAACAAAGGAUCAUGAUCUCGAAAAAAUGAACUUUCAGAAGGCUGGAGAAGUUCUCGCAGAAGUAUGGAAUAAUAUGGUUAUCGACGGCCAUGACGUCGUAGCAGAGUACCUUAAGCCCGAUGACACUGCUGAAAGCUUUGUUCCAGACUUGCCUUCUCUGCAGUGGUACAGCGAGCAUGUGCGAGAGAGCCAGUAUUUGCUUCAGGUGGUAAAGUGUGAUGACCGCGCUUGCUGUGGAGAUUUGCGGAGUUCUCUUCGAUCUAUUCUUCCUGAACGCUUCGUUAUUCCUCCUUACCCAAUUUUGCAGUCGUCUAGUGGUCUAUAUAUUCCGAAGCCUCAAGAGCAUGAUGGCAAGACGUUUGCUACAUUUCUUCUGCGUCGGUCUCUUGGAAUCACCCCAACGCAUGAUGGCUUUAACAAAUUGCCGUAUGACCUGUAUUGCCCUAGUCUGCAAAAGGAUCGUCGGCAACUUUUGGAAAGGACGUGCCAGUGGUGUGGAUUGUACUUCUGUACAAAGAAGAAAGUUAAGGAACAUGUAAAUUCAUGUCACAAGCAACCUAAUCCGAGCAGCAGUAAUAGCGUAGAGAUGCACAAUGUUCGUCCUUCACGCAUCCUCACGCGACGAUCAAUCGGCAGAUCGAAAGAAAUUCUGUGCGUUGUGCGCGAAAAUGAUGACACCGAGUGGCUUGAUGAAACCGAUGUUGAUUUUCAACAAAGCACAGUACCAACAACUGACCUGCAAGAUGCUUAUCCAGUUGUUAGUGUUGAAGAAUGUCUUGCUAAUCCAUGGUCCGAGGACAAUAUACAUUAAACAUACUCAUAACAUGUUUUUCCAAUGAUUACACUCUUCAUUUCUAUUAUUGUUAUGGCAAUAAAAAAAAAAACUUGCAACCUGGUGUAGACAUUUUUAUUAUGGUCCUUAAUUUCAGAAUAAAAUAAGAUUAUAGUUUGUACCUGUAUUUAAAUUAAGA